AAGUUCUUGGAGUCUCUGAAGAGCUAUUCACACCAUAGUAGAUCAUAGUAGCACUCGGACCAUGAGAAACCACAUUGUCACACAACUGGAAAGUGCCAAGUCACGUGUGCUUCAACUGUUUGCUGUCUUAGAGCCAUGAGCACCGGAGCCAUGACAUGGAGAGCCUUAGUGAUCCUAGUGGCCACGCUUGGCGUUGCCUUAUCAGAUGAACGUUGGGCAGCAUACUCACAAAAUGGCUGGCAGCCUGGAGACCGUCCAAAUGAGAACACGAGCAUCAUUGUAUUGCUGGCGCUGCGGCAGCGAAAUUUGGAUUUGCUGGAGCGCAAGGCAAGAGCAGUUUCAGAUCCCAACAGCCCGGAGUAUGGCAGAUAUCUCGAAAGGGAUGAGCUCUAUGGCAUAGCGGGCUCAUCGGCUUACAAUGCAGAUAUCGUGGAAGAAUUCUUUAGCAAACUACCUGGGAAGUUUGAGUUUUCUUUUGGCAAGGACUUUGCCAGGUAUAGCUGUACGGUUGGAUGUGUUGAGAGGGUCUUCAGUACAACUCUACGGAUCCAAGAAGCAAAGCCGGCGCCGGGAACCACUGCCAUCCGAGCUUCAGAGCCAAUCCGUUUGCCCGAGCACAUUCAGAAGGCCUUGGAGGGGACCUCUUUGAAUGCUCCACUCUUCAUGCCUCCACAUCCAAUGCAGAGAAAAGUAGGGCCCUUCCUUUACAACCGCUCAGGAAGAACUGCACCUCGUGUUCGCCCUGUGAUUGCAGCAGGUGAUCAGUUCAUCAGUGUGCACUUUGUGGCCUAUUGCAAGGACAAAAUUGUCAACCAAGACACAGUUCAGAAUGGAAUUUGCAAAAACAGCCCACAUUCCUUGCUCAUCACUGCCUUUGAUGUCCUAGUCUUGCAAACGGCGACAAACUGGCAAAAGCUUGUCAGAGUUCCUGCUGUUCCAGACACCCUUGGCCAGAAGAUCGCCAAGACCAAAGACAAUCAAAGCUGCAUGGAAUUUAAUGCGACACUCGGCAAUAUUCAAAACUACGCCAGCACUACUGUGAGGAUCCGAUCACUUUUUUCAGAUGGAUCAGUUUCAGACUUCAGUGACCCGAACGAAGUCUUACCAAUUUGGCCAAUGGCCUACACCACGCCCUCGUUGCUUUCUCGAAACUACAACAUUCCGAUGCAUGAACCUGUUCGCCAUCCGCGCAAUAGUAUCUCUGUUGCCGAGUUCCUGGGGCAGUACUACAAUCCCAAUGACUUGGACGCAUUUUUCAAGCUGAUGGGAGUUCGAGAAUGGGGAACAAGGCGGAAGUUGAGCCUCAUAGGAGAGAAUGAACCAAUGGCAGGCUCUGUUCUUGGAGGCGAGGCACAGCUCGAUAUCCAAUACAUCACAUCGCUGGCGGCAAAUGUUUCCACCAUAUUUUGGAGCGUUCCCUCCAUUGAGCUGGCAACGCGUCAAGAACCUUUCCUCGAUUGGCUGAUGCAGUUGGAAGACACGGAGGAUGAAGCUAUUCCACUUGUCCAUUCGGUGUCUUACUCUGACGAUGCCUUGACCAUGCCACUCUGGUUUAAGCGGAGGGUCAAUGACGAGUUCAUGAAGCUUGCUCUCAGAGGCAUCACAGUUCUCGUUGCCAGUGGGGAUGAUGGUGUCAGUGGAAACUUUGUGGCCAAGGAUGGGAAGAAGUACUGCGGUCGAAACAGAGAAGAGUUUCCUUCUUCGUCGCCCUGGGUGACUUCGGUAGGUGGAACUCAACUUGCCCAAGAGAAUGUGCCUGUUUGUGGUUAUACAUCGGAGAAUGUGAUGGUGCAAUGUGCCCAGGAUGGAGAAGUUGUUUGUACAUCAGACAAAGGGGGAGGAAUCACAUCAGGAGGUGGAUUUUCUUCUGAUUUUCUGCGACCAUGGUAUCAACAUGAAGCUGUGGAGCACUAUCUCCAACAAAAGGAUAGUCCAGUCCCUGGCCAAGAUCAGUUGAUGUUCAAUCGCUCCGGUCGUGGGUUCCCUGAUUUGGCCGCCAUUUCCAGCAAUUACCUCGUGCUCAUGGGAGAAGAGCUUGAGGCCAUGUCUGGCACCUCUGCCUCAACUCCUCUCAUUGCAGCUAUGGUGGCACGGUGGAAUGAAGACCGCCUGCAGAAUCGAUUGCCCCCGCUGGGUUUUUUGAAUCCUUUGAUCUAUGAAAUUCUAUCAAGGCAUCCAAGUGCUUUCAAUGACAUCCAGAUCGGUGACAAUCGCUGCUCUCGUUCAACCUGUUGCCCAGUUGGAUUUGGCGCUGCUCGGGGCUGGGAUGCAGUCAGUGGAGCAGGCUCUCCAGAUUUUCAGCUCGUGGCCAAAAUCCUCAGAGAGGACGCCAUGAUGGCUUUCCGCGAUCGAUUUAGUGCAUCACAGCCGGUGGCGAUGGUGGCUUCAGUCCGUGGGGCUUCGAGUGGUCCUGACUGGAUCUAUGUGGCCAUGCUGAUGUUCCUUCAAUCCUUCCUAACUGGCACUGUGGUCUUUGUCGCAAUGGGUGGCUGCCGGCGCUUCAAGCUGGUGGAUGCAAGGAGGCCCCUUUUGUAAUGUUAUAAAGUGGCUUUGGUCUGCCAAGAACUGAGGGAUGAGCGACAUCCUUGAAGGCCUCCAUUCUCAAAAGCGGAAAAGAGUGUUUCAAAUCUUGAGCAUUAGCUUUACACUUGUGGAUUUCGCCUUACCGCACGGCCCUAUGGGCCAG